AUGGCUGCUUCUUUUUUGGCUUUUGUUGUCACAAUGGCUACAAUAAUAAUUGCUCCCAUUGCAGCUGACAUAAACUGCCAAGACCUUGUUCCGCCGCUCCUUCCUUGUUUAGGCUAUUUGACCGCGGUUGGACCCGGAACACCGAGCGAUGGCUGUUGUUCGGCAGUUCUAAACGUAGCCAAUCUCGCAAUCCAAUCUCAACCAAACCUACAAGGCGUGUGCCUGUGUAUAGAAUCAGUUGCGACUUCCUCAACUUUCCAAAUUAACAUGGACAAUGCCAAGGCCCUCACCAAGCUAUGCAAACUUCCAAUCGAUAUUCCAAUCUCCACCACCAUCGACUGCGCAGCUCUUACCCUUCCAAAAUCACCUCCAUCGGCUAUAGCAACUUCUCCAGCUUCGGGUCCAAGUCCCGUUUAA